GAUAAGGGGCAUGACCGAAGCCUUUGGAUUCUCGCGAGGUGACCCGACAAGUCCUGCAGAUGCCUCCAAUAAGGCGAUUGCACUAUUUUUACGCUUCGAUGUCUCUCCGUGCGUGAUUUUAUCCAUCACUAUGAUGAUCCAGCUAUUCUAGAGAGGGAGAUGAGUGGAGACAUUGUACCCAGAUCACAGGGGAAGGGAAACAUUACAACCAAACUGUCCGAGGCUGCACCUGAUAUCUAACAAACAGGGCAGAAGAAGACCUGGCUCUAUCAUUCCGCCCGAUUUGCUUAUUCAUGUUUUAUGUCUCUUGCUUCAACUCUCUGGAUUUUACUUCGUGCACGCAAUAUCCCGAACAUCAAACCGCAAAAUGAGUGAGGAAAUAUCAGAUGUCCCGAAAGAACUGCUUGAGAGUGUCAAGGAUGCAGUGGGUAGGAAGAUCAAACUGGCGAUUAAGAAGAGAGUUAAACUGGAGAUCAAAGGAGACAAGGUGGAGAACAGAAUCCUGGCAUUGGCAUCUCAUCGGGCUUACCUCCUCAGUGCACGAAUCCCCACCAAGGUGGAGCAGACUUUCAAUUAUCUGGAGAUUCAAGGUAUCACAUGUAACAAACCCACACAGUUUGCAGUGGAAUAUGAGCGGGGUCAGAUCUCUCUGAAGAUGGCAUCCACAGAGGAGGUGAAUGAGGUGGUGGCUCACAUAGGCAGCUGUUUCCAAAGAAUCUACCCCGGCCUGCCGCCUCUGAAGGUGAUGAAGAGGUUGUCCAUGGAUCCUCCUGAGAGAAUCAGUUGUCUGCAAACCCAUUGGGAGAAUCAGAGUGGAUCUGAGACGGGGCCCUGUGGGGGUUUCUCGCUGCAGUACAGGUGUGUGUGUGAUUGGUUAGGCCUCCCCUUCCGAGAAGAGGUUCAGUGGGAUGUAGACACGAUUUAUCUUACACAGGACACAAGAGAACUGAACCUGCAGGACUUCAGUCAUCUUGAGAACAGGGAUUUGGUGGCAAUAAUCGCGGUGUUGGAAUACAACCAGUGGUUCAGCAAGCUCUCCACCAAGGAUUUUAAACUGUCUGCAGAUGUUUCUGAUCAGAUACUGAGAGUUGUGGCCCGAUCGAGCCGGCUAGAGGAGCUGGUUCUGGACAAUGCUGGUCUCAAAACGGACUUUGCCCAGAAAUUGGCAAAUGCCCUCACCCACAAUACCAACUCAGGACUGCACACCUUAAACCUUGCCAACAAUCCCCUCGAGGACAGAGGAAUCGCCUCACUGGGUGCACAGUUUGCCAAACUCUGCAAGGGCCUCAAGCACCUAAACUUCUCCAGAACCUCAUUGUCACCCAAAGGGGUGAACAGCCUUGCUCAGUCACUGAGUGCCAACCAGUCCAUCCCCAACACACUCACCCAUCUUGACCUCUCAGGAAAUGUGCUCCGGGGGGAUGACCUUACGAAUUUCUACAAUUUCCUCGGCCAACCCAACAGCCUGCACACCCUGGACCUAUCUCACACAGACUGCUCACUUGACUUAGUGUGUUCUGCACUGCUCAGAGGUUCCAUCCAGCACCUUACCAUCCUUAAUGUGUCAAAAAGCAUCUUUGCCGUCAGGAAAGGUAAAGAUAUGCCACCUGCAUUUAAACACUUCUUCAGUAGUGCAAUGGUUCUGAACACCAUCAACAUUUCAGGAACCAAGUUACCCCCAGAGGCCUUGAAAGCUCUUCUGUUGGGUCUGGCCAGUAAUCCUAAUGUUAAAGAUGUCUCUCUGGACCUCAGCUGUUGUGAGCUGCGGUCCGGAGGCUCCCAGAUCCUGGAAGGCUGCAUUGCUGAAAUUCCCAACAUCUCUUGUCUGGACAUCUCUGAUAAUGGUCUGGAUUCUGAUAUGGCAACUCUUUUAGUAUGGCUUGCCAGGAACCGCUCAAUAAGACAUCUGUCAUUAGGCAAAAACUUCAACAAUAUCAAAUCAAAAAAUCUAGCUCCAGUCUUGGACAACCUGGUGCACAUGAUUCAAGAGGAAGAAUCGCCUCUGACAUCUCUCUCUUUGGCGGACUCCAAGCUGAAGACUGACCUCGCCAUUGUUCUGAAUGCUCUGGGCAGUAACAGCUCUUUGACUCGUGUGGACAUCAGUGGGAAUGUCAUGGGAGACAUGGGAGCAAAGAUGCUGGCCAAAGCUCUGCAGAUCAACAGCAAACUCCGGACGGUCAUCUGGGACAGAAACAACACCAGUCCACAAGGUCUUCAGGAUGUGGCAGCUGCAUUGGAGAAGAAUUUCACAAUCCGGUUCAUGCCCAUCCCCAUCAUAGAUGCAUCCCAGGCACUUAAAGCCAGUCCUGAGAAGACAGAGGAUGCUUUGUUAAAGAUUGAAAAUUACCUGUACAGGAACCAUGAAACCCGGAAGUAUGUCCAAGAGCAAGCUUACCGACUCCAGCAGGGCAUCGUCACAACCACCACACAGCAGAUGAUCGACCGGAUAUGUGUAAAAGUCCAGGACCAUCUCAACUCUCUCAAGAACACAGAGCAAGAGGCUAUCCAAGAGGAUGUCAGAAUGGCAGAAAACCUCAUGAAAGAUGCUAAGAACUCAAAAACACUUCUUCCCAACCUGUACCACAUGGGCGCUGCAUCCAGAGAGGAGGUCAGUGCCUCUUCAGUGGGACCCAUCCAGGAUAAACUGGACUCCAUGGCAGGAGAGGUGGCACGGGUCAUGGAUGAGCAGCUCCAGAUGCUGCUGGAGUCAAUGGUGGAUGCAGCUGAGGGUCUGUGUCCUCACGUCAUAAAGAAAUCCAAUCUGCGGCAGGAUCUUAUCAAAGCCGGCAUGACCAAGAUGGUUGUUCCUCGAAGCUUCAUCAAGAACACACUCCUUGAGCAGUCUGGCAUCGACAUCAUGAACAAGAUCAGUGAAGUGAAGCUCAGCCUGGCGUCUUUCCUCUCCGAUCAAAUCGUUGAUGAGAUUUUAGAGGCACUUUCCAGCUCACAGCAGACACUGGCAGAGCACCUGUCAGGGAAAGGCCGGCCCCUGCCACAGCAGGAAUCUGUUGACAUGGAUGUUCCUGAGGAGAAAGUUCCUAAACGCUCCACCACAGAGCUGAUGGAGGGGGAGAGGCUGGAUGACCUGGAGACCUGCAUGACUCUGUGCUGCACAAGUAUGACACCCAAGUCUAAGAGGAAGAGCAUUCACAGUCGAAUGCUGAGGCCUGUCUCCAGAGCGUUUGAGAUGGAGUUUGACUUGGAUAAGGCUCUUGAGGAUGUGCCCAUUCACAUAGAAGACCGCUCCCCACUUCCUAAGCUUGAAAAAAAAACAUCUACAACCACGGGAGAACUUCCAUCGGAGGAAUGCAAGAAACUACAACACUACACCAAACUGCGGCCCAAGAGGAAUAAAAAGACCAAUUCCAGCAAGAUUCCGCAGAUCAGCAGCACUCCGUCACAGGAAGGAGAACAGAAUGGCCUCCUAGGAAGGGUGGAUGAAGGGGUCGAUGAGUUUUUCUCUAAAAGAGUCACCAAAAUAUAUGAUAAUAAAAGGUCAUUUCUAAAGAGUUCUGAGUCUCAAGACAGCGAUAAGAAACGAGAAUCUCGCAAGGGUGGUUUUCUCAACCUCAUAAAGUCCCGGACCAGCAAAUAUGACAAGGACAAGGAGAAAAACCCAGCCUCUGCUGCUGCCCCAGCCCAAACUCUAUCCCCAGUCCCAAGCCAGACAACGCUUCCAGUUGUGGAGGAGCCCGCAUCCCCUAAGGGCCCCAUCCGGAGCCCACCACCUGACGCUAAAACCAAAUCCCAGACCCCACCCACAAACCACAGCAGCAGCUCAGAGCGCUCGGAGGAGCCGAAGACGCCAGACUCGGUGGACUCCGAGCCGUCAGAGGGCAGUCCUCAGGGCAGCCGCAGAUAUGGUGUGCAGGUGAUGGGCAGUGGAUUGCUGGCCGAAAUGAAGGCCAAACAGGAGAAAAGGGGACCCUUUGGCUCUCCUAAGGUAUCAGAGUCUUCCUCCAGUUCGGACAAACCAGAUGUGCCAUCGUUAGUAAAGGGUCAUUCUCCAGAGAGCCGUUCUCCAGGUAUAAGCAAGACUGAGGGGAGUGUUAACUCAUCAGAGAAAGUCUCUCGUUGUGCAGUGGAGGGCAAGCCUGAUACUGCCCCAAGACCCAAGACUUCCGCAAGCACCAAACCAGCCCUUGCAGCUCGACCAUCUAUCGCCCAGAAACCAAGAACCGGCAGUGUGAGAAGCAUAGAUGAAAGCAUCGAUUCUCCUACUGGAAGCCCCAGAGGCCCAGGACUGCCAGCACUGAGGAGGGUGCCCUCAGAGAAAGAGGGUCCCAAUAGUCCUUCACAAGCCAGCAAGAACUCUGCUCAGGAAGUGAGCACGUCCACAGCAACUGAUCCCUUCCAGAAAUUCAAUCGGCUGAACUCUGAAGAGAGCACAUCUAAGAGCAAGGACAUGCCAGUCAACAGCGACAAAGACAAGGACUCGAGUCAGGGCAGCAAGUCAACUGACUCUGGGGAAGAGGUCGAUAAAGACUUUAUUUUUAUAUGAGUACGAAAGACCACUUCACCGUGCAUCAUUCCAUCCUGCCAAUACAAACCUCACCAAAUGUCCCAAUGCCAACUUUCCCAACUGUAGAAUCCACAACCCUACUAGACAGGAAGUGUGAUUGUGUGUGGAUGGGUUUAUUGAACCAAUGUGUGCAUGCUUAUUUCUAUCACUCCUUUAAAAGAAAUAUGAAACUGCUAUAUGACGUGUCUUGCUUCAGGAAGUAACUUGGUUGCGUUGUUAUAAAUUCAGUUAUACUGUAAGUACCAGGGCUCAAGCACUGUUAGACAAUGCGUGCGUAUAUGCACUUCUUCUCACUGUGUUAAAAUACAAUUUACUCUCUCUUAAAGCAGCAGACGAAUCUUUGAUGCUGUUGUGUCUGUUUUACCCUUAAGCCUUAGUCACACUGUACUGUAAUAAGUCAAAGCAGGACACUGAGGGCAUUUCAUUUUCUACUGUUUGAAAAUAAAACUCUGUGAGUGUGCAUGUUUGCUUUUUUACAUGUAUGUGUGUGAAUAUAAAUGCACAUUAUACUCAAUAUGUUGGUUUCAAGGGCACAGACAAAGCCUCGAGUAAACUAAACUGCACUGUUCAUAAUGAUUCGUCAAUGAAAAUCUGUUUAGUCUAGAACUAAACAUAAUCUGUGUCUAAAAAGGUAGAUUGAUAAAUUAUUUGAUAUUGAAAUAUUAACAUUUAAUAUAUAAUGUGUGAAAUGGUGUGUAUGUGUACACAGAGCAUCUAUUGAUAUGGUACUAAUCACAAUGCUUCAAAAAAGUGGAAGUUGUAAUUUUAAUAUUAUUACGACUGAUGUCUGAUGCCGCUUUUUAACCGAAACAACUGGCUUUUCCUUCUAAAUUGGAAUGUAAAUUCUGUUGAUACAAUGCUUAGCCAUUUCUAAUAAUUUUGUUAAUGACACUGCUGGGCACUAUGAAAUAGUAUUUUCUUUAUUGGAAAGGGCAAGUGUGAAAAGAUGUAUGUGAUCAGUGUUGAUAUUAUAAUUAAAUCUUGUAUUUCUUUAAUAGUGUUUCUGCAGAGCAGCAGUCUCUUUGACUCUUUGUUCGUCAUGCAAUAUUUUGAUUCACUGUUUUAGAGGGGUUAAUCAUGAGGUGAUUCGGUGUUUUAUCAGUCCUGGACAUUUUAUUAUUGUGUCUAUUUAUGUCAGUUCGAU